AUGGAAGAAAAACAACCUUUUCUGUCGCAGGCCUAUGGCAGCGAUGAUGAUGACAAUGAUGUCGAGACCCUACCCUCCACCGACUCGAGUCGACGGUGUUCCCGACGCGGUCGUCAAAUCAUCACCAUGCUGCCCAUUGCUCUGAACAUGAUUCCCAUGGUGUUGCUAGGCUGGUUAUUGAUAGCUGCUAUUACACCCGGAGUUAAUUUCCUGAACUGUCAGAGCCUGGUCAGACGUCUUUUCUAUGGCCUCCCGGAGGACGCUGAGUUACUCUCAGAACCAACCAGGGUUCCUCUCGAGGCCCACAUCAUGAGCAAAUGCCCAGACGCUCAAUACUGUCUGAAACACCUAGUUGUGCCUGCAAUGGAGCAGAUUAGCGACAAAGUGGACUUUGACCUGUCCUUCAUUGCGAAUGUCUCCGAUACAUCCUCCGACAUCCAAUGUAAACAUGGCCCUGGUGAAUGCAUCGGAAACAUGCUCAUUCUCUGCGCCGAGAAUCUUCCCUUCCCCGAGGGAAGUGAUUUUCGCAUGCCCACUAUCCGGUCCCUGGGGUUUUCUAAUUGUCUGAUCGAUUCAUAUCAUGACAUUCCAGACCGUGCGCUGGUGGAGCACUGCGCUCUGGAGCAUGGCAUUGAUUUCAAUGCCUUGAACCGCUGUGCCAGCAAGCAGCAGGACGAUCCCGACGCGGGUCUUAGUGGCCUGGCUCUGCUAAGAGAAAGUGCGCUUCAUAGCGCCGAUCUGGGCGUCAAGACGAGCUGUACUGUGCGACUGGAUGAAUCCAUCUGGUGUGUGCGAGAUGGCGGAGUCUGGAAAGACUGUGUCCAGGACGGAGAAGGAAGUAAAGCUUCGGUGCUUGUUGACGAAGUUAAGAAGCUCUGGAAGAGGAGAAAUAAAUAG